AGAUUUUAAUAAUUUUUACAAAAAUCUGAAUCUAUUUAUGCUCUCUCGCAUUACUAUAUAAAUAGCUACCAAUUCCAAGUUUGUGCCAAACAUCUCAGGUUAUCGAAGCUUCAUACACGAUUCUUCCUGAGUAUUAAUAUCAGCCCUUAGUUGAGAGUGUACAAUUGUUACAAUGGAAUUCUUCAAGAAAGAUAACUUCGUUAAAAUCACAUUAUGUUACCUUGUAAUUUUCUCAGGGUUUCGAGCCUAUGAAGUUAACUAUGACUACAGUUUCACUCAAGAGUGUUUAGCAGAUCCUCCGAAGCCUCUAUAUGGGGGAGGAAUAGUUGUGAACCCAGAAUUCAGUGAAGGGUUGAAAGGCUGGUCACUAAUUGGAGAUGCAAAACUCGAGACAAAAACAUCAAAACAAGGCAACCAUUUUAUUGUUUGCUUUUAAUAGGACCAAAAGUUCUGAUAGUGUUUCCCAGAAGCUUCACUUGGAAAAGGACAAACACUACGUUAUUUCUGCUUGGUUUCAGGUGGGCCGUGGAAAAGUUGAUGUAGCGGCGAAAAUAAGAACACUCACAGGUUUAGAACACACGGGAUGGGUUAUUGGAGAAGCUGGAUGCUGGUCUAUGCUCAAGGGUGGCAUGACGGUGAAUGUUUCAGGCCCCGCUGAUCUAUAUUUUGAGAGCAACGAUACAUCUGUAGAUUUACUGGUGGACAGCGUAAGCAUACAACCAUUUAGUCAAGAAGAAUGGAAAUCCCACCACGAUCAAAGCAUCUACAAGGUACGGAAGAGCAAGGUAAAGUUUCAAGCAAUUGACCUCCAGGGCCAGCCGUUAGCAAACGCAACCAUUUUCAUGAAUUAAAAGUUGUCAGCAUUUCCUAUUGGCAACGCAAUGAGUCCUCGCAUCCUUAAUAAUCCAGCUUACCGAGACUGGCACAAUUCCAGGUUUAAAUGGACCAUUUUUGAGAACGAACUGAAAUGGCACAUUAAUGAAGCAACCCCCGGCAAUGAAGAUUACUCUCUAGCAGAUGCCAUGCAUAAAUUUGCCAAGAAAAAUGACAUGGUAGUUCGAGGACACACCAUUAUCUGGGAAAAUCCUCGAUGGUUGCCCUCGUGGGUUUUAAACAUGUCUAAAACAGAGUUAUCAGCCGCCAUAGGCGCAAGGUUUAACUCCAUCAUGAACAGGUACAAGGGUCAGUUUAUCCAUUGGGAUGUUGAUAAUGAAAACUUGCACUAUGAGUUCUUGGACAAUAAGCUUGGGGAGAAAAAUGUGACAGCUUCAUUUUACAACAAGGCUCACAAGAUUGAUGAGAAACCUCUGCUAUUCUUGAAUGAGUUUGGUACUAUUGAGCAACACAGAGAUCGGUAUGCAACCCCGGCUAGGUAUUUACAAAAGAUUAGAAAAUUGAGGUCAAAUGGCCAUGGUGGUCCUCUGGGUAUUGGACUGCAGGGUCAUUUUGAUACUCCAAAUUUGCCUCAUAUCAGAAGUGCUAUUGAUAUUCUUGCUUCAGCCAAUUUGCCUAUUUGGAUCACAGAAUUGGAUGUUUCCACCAGACCAAACCAGGAAAUGUACUUGGAUCAAAUACUAAGGGAGCUCCAUGCUCACCCAGCUGUGAAAGGAAUCAUGAUAUGGUCACCAUGGCAACCACAGGGAUGUUAUAAAAUGUGUUUGACUGAUAACUCUUUCCAAAACUUACCUUCUGGCAAUAUUGUUGAUAAAUUCAUGCAGGAAUUGAGUAACAAGGGCUUUCAAGGCAACACUGAUUCUAAUGGUUACCUCAAGACUUCAUUAUUUCACGGAGAUUAUCAAGCGAAAAUCAGUCAUCCAACUAUCCUUUAAGUUGGAGUCCACAAGUAAAACCCUCACACUACUAAAAAAAAAGGGGAUUUUUCGACCAAAUAAUUUCGACCUCACUUUUUGGUGGAAAAAAAAUCGACCACAUGAGGUCGAAAUUUCCAUUUUUUUUUUUUAAUUUUCUUUAGGGUUUUGACCACAUGGGGUCGUUUUUUUACGGGAAAAUAUGAUUUCGACCUCAUGAGGUCGAAUUUUUUUUUUGUACAAAUAAUAAAUGAAAAAAAAUCAUUUUGGACAAAAGUAAAUUAUAUAAAUAUAAAAUAAUUAAUUAAAAAAUUAAAAAAAAAAACAAAUUUCGACCGCAUGAGGUCGAAAAAAUUAAUUCAAAUCUGCUCAAAUCUGGCUUAAUUUUUUCGACCACAUGCGGUCGAAAAGGUUCAAUAAAUAAUACACCCAGGCCGAUGAAAAUAUUUCAUCUCCCCCCAAAACUCUCUCUUCUCUUUCAAAAAAAUUUACCCUCUCUAAACUCAUCUUCCCUAAAAUUCCCACCACCCCACCAACACUGGCGUUCUCGAAGUAGGUGACGCCGUCCAGUUAAACCACCGGAGUAGCCACCAGCCGCCGCCGACUGAACAGUGAGCUGGAUCACCAUCGGUGUUAUUAAGCAAGGAGAAGUGACCAUCUGGCUCUUCAAUGAAGCGAGUGUAUCGCUUCUUGCUUCACACUUUAAUCGAAGUGGGACCUUGUCGCUUUUUCUUGAUUUGCAUUUCCGGAAACACUGAUCAUAUAAAGCUUUAAGAGAUUCCAACAAGGGAAAGAAAGUGCCAGGGCUACUACUUGAUCUUAGAGCUUCUUUAGCUUGUAUUUGGAUGGAAAUAACGAUGUGAAGCAUGCACUGUAAUAUUAGUACUUAGCUUUUUUUUUUUAAAAAGUUUUUGUAAGUGUUGUGUUUGUAAUGUGUUGUAAGGUUUCCUUCGUAAUGGUUGUUUUGUUUGUCUGUUGUUUGGUUAUUUGUAAUUUAAUAAUCUUCUUAAGCCUGACUUCUGUUUUCCUUUCGUUUUGCAUACCACAAAGUUCCCAUCCCAUAUCUUUCCCAAACAAGUAAUCUUUACAACAGAUAAUGGUGCAGUUAUUGUCUUCAAGAUGAUGUUAACGCUCGAGAGGGGUCAGGAAGUACCUUAAGAUGAAGUCUUCAAGAUUACUCACACGAGGAAGGCGAAGAACGCCGAUGGUACAGACCAAUGGAUUGAGAGACAACGUAGGUCACAAGACAACGUAGUUCAUGCUCUUGUUGAUGAGGAUAGUGGGGAGGAAUCGGAUCAUGUCUCUAACACCCAACGUUGACUUUUUUUGAUUCGUAUACUUUUGGAUUGUAAUAUUGCUAUGUUUUCUUGGAUAUGUAUAUUUUUUUUUAUGAUAGUUUUAAUUCGAAUUAGAUGUACUUUUGAAUGUGAAUUAGAUUGUAGGAAGUAGUUUAUGGAUGUUUAACUUUACGAUGUUUAAGUGUUUGAAUGUAGUUUUAAGGAUAUUUAGAAGUAAUUUAAAUUGAAACUUGAGGUUGAAUUUGAUUUUAGAAUGUGAAGUUUAUGAUUGUAGAAGUACUUUGAUGAAUUGGACAUGUUGAUGAAUUGCA